GCAAUACGACAAAACGCCUAAUUCAUAAUCUUCAUACGAAUUGGAGGGACGAUACCGAUUUUUUAAUAUAUUUAUGACCAAUAAAGUCAAAUAAAUCAGUUGUGCAAAUGACAAUUAUAUGAGUUGAACCCAAAUCAAAGAAUAAUUUAAAUUGAACCUGACUAAACCCAUUCCUUUUGGUCACUUAAAUAUAUGCCUAAUUAUACAUCAGGUGAUAUAACGAAAUCGUUAUUUGGAUAUGUCGAUAAUAAAACAACUCUUUCUGAAAUUUUUUCAAAGGCUAAGGUUUUAAAAGAGCCUAUAGAUGUAACGAAUCAAAAAAAACUAAAGAAACAUGCUAAGAAAAUUAUUCUCUGUGAUAAUACAAGUGUGGAUAAUGUCGCCUUUACAUUAUUUGUUGGAAAUAUACCUAAAGAGACAUCAAAAAAAGACCUUAUCAAGUUAUUAAAGCCUCACGGGAAAAUAUUGAAUUGUAGAUUCCGAUCCAUGCCUUUAAUUUCUAAAUCAACCGCCUAUCUCCCUAACAUGAAUAAGGAUGUAUCGAAAAAUUCGGCUAUAUCUCCUAUCACUUCUUUGUUAUCCCUUAAAAUAGCCGCAAAAAUAAGCCAAAAUAAUAACCCUGACAAGGAACAAUAUUUUCAUUCUUCCAGAACGAAUAAAAACGCUUACGUCAAUUUUGAAUCCAAUCAAUCUGUAAUCGAAGCUAUCCGAGCAUUAAAUGGCUUUUAUUUCAAAGGUACACAUCAUUUACGAUUAGACAAAGUCAAAUCAAUAACUUUAGUAAUAAAAAAGCAACUCAAUGCUAACGAUUCGAUUACACAUGGAAUCGUUAAAUAUGAUGAUAAGAGGACAAUAUUUUUGGGAAAUUUACCCACCAUGAAUUGCGAAGAGGAAGAUAUCUGGAAUUUAUUUCAAGAAAAGUAUGAAUUACCUAUCGAAGCUGUGCGAAUUAUCAGGAAUAAGGAUGCUGUAAAAGGCACUGGAUGCGGAUUUGUGUUGUUUAAAAGCUCUGAUUCAGUUCCUAUCGCUUUACUCAUGGACGAAAAGCAAAAAAUUAAUGGAAGAGUUAUCCGAAUCAAAAAGUGUGCCAAGCCUAAAAACGUAUGUAUUGUGAAACGAAAAAACACUAAGAAUGCACACAAAAGAAAUUCUGUUUAACUUGUUAUGUCAAUAAUGUUGUUAUGUUGUAUAUUUACAUAUAAUAAAUUUCAUACUGAAAAUUUAAUUCGUUUUCCUCUCUCUUUAAAAAGUAACUAAUCUUUAACCUAUAUUUUUUACAAUUAUGCAAUAUAAAAUGAAUAAAGAAAUUGGCUAAGAAAUCAUUUUAUUAUAAAUAUACCAAGGCAUUUUACUUAAUACUUGAAUAUAAAAUUUGCUUAGGUUAAUUACUGAUAGAAAAUUAAAGAGAAAGUUUAUUUAUGUAAUAUAUAUAGUAAUAGUUACUAUUACUCAUUUUGAAUUUUUAAAUCCCACUCCCCUUAGUGAUAGAUGUGAAAUAAUAUUUUAUUUAAUAUAAUAAAUAUCAGAUUUGAAAUACAAAGUCAUGGUAUUAUUAUAA